CGCGCUGCCAGGCGGUGCAGGCGGAGAACGUGACGGUGCUGGAGGGGGGCACGGCGCAGAUCUCCUGCCGCCUGCAGAACUACGACGGCUCCAUCGUGGUCAUCCAGAACCCCCGACGCCAGACACUCUUCUUCAACGGCACGCGAGCCUUGAAGGACGAGCGCUUCCAGAUGGUGCUGUUCACGCCGCGGCUGGUGCGCAUCGAGCUCACCAACGUCAGCGUGUCGGACGAGGGCGGCUACUUCUGCCAGCUGUACACGGACGACACACACCACCAGGUGGCCACGCUGUCCGUGUCCGUGCCGCCCGAGACGCCCACCGUGGAGGUGAAGCAGAAGGCGGUGGAGGGCGGUGAGGCCGAGCUCAGCUGCGUGUCGCCGCGCAGCAAGCCCGCCGCAACCCUGCGCUGGGUCCGCGGUGGCCGCGAGUUGCCAGGCGUGGUGUCCCAGCAGGAGGACUUCAAGACCUUCAGCGUUUCCAGUACGAUCCGGAUCCCCGUGGAGAGGAAGGACAACGGGGCGGCCCUCAGCUGUGAGGCCUCCCACCCAGCCCUCGGGGGCGUGAAGAGGACCCGCCACUACCGCCUCAACGUCUACUUCGCCCCCACGGUGAGUAUCGUCCCCCCGCCUGGAAUUCUGAGGGAGGGAGACUCACUCAGCCUCAACUGCGCCGUCACUGGCAACCCCAUGCCUAGGAGCAUUCAGUGGUCGAGGAUCAAUGAAACUCUGCCCGAGAGGGCGGAGAUCUCCGGCCCCAACCUGCAAAUAUCCCGCCUCAGCCAAUCACACAACGGCACGUACCUCUGUCAGGCCCAGAACGACUACGGCUGGGCCGGGGACCACUACAGCCUCCUGGUCUACGACAAUGUGUCAGUCACCACCACUGUGGUCCCUCCCACUACUACCUCCCAACCAAUCACCUCUCACCCUUCAAACCCAACCCCUGUAGUACCCAUCUGGGACCCGUACCACAAAGACCCUGGUGCAGUGGUGGAGACACACAGUGCAGUACCGUAUGCCGUCAUAGGGGGCGUCCUCGCCCUUCUGGUUUUCACAGUCAUCUGUGUCCUCAUCAUCACCAUCUGGUGCUCUGUCCGACAAAAAGGCUCGUACCGUACCAGAGAGCCUAUCCUCGCCUGGUAUUGACUUAAUAAUAAUCAGUGAACUAAUAAAUUAAUCCACCACAGGCUCCUAUCUCACCCAUGAGGCCAGCGGUCUGGACGAGCAUGGCGAGGUGCAGGAGGCCUUCCUCAACGGGAACGACGCCACCCAGGGGAAGAAGGAAUACCUGCUGUAGCACCUCUUAUAUCUCUUCCUCUCCUCUUCCCUUAUCUCCUCUUCCCUCGUCCCCUCUCUUCCCUCUCCUCCCCCCCUCCUCGAUUCUGUCCAGUCGAAAACACACAAAUACACAAACAGACACACAAACAAACACACAAACACAACAAAUGGCCAUAAGAGGCAGCCUUCUGAAAAGCGACUGUGCUACACAGCUAUAGUCAAUCCAUACCUCUCCAUUCCAGCCCACAGCCUUUACUCAAUGUCACCCAGGGAAACGGAGACAGAGACAGAGAGAGAGAAAGAGGGAGAGAGAGCGAGAGAGAGUGAGAGAGAGUGGGAGAGAGAGAGAGAGAGAGAGAGAGAGAGAGACAAAGAGAGAGAGAGAGAGAGAGAGAGAGAGCACGAAAGGGAGAGCACGAGAGAGGGGAGGGGUACAAAUAGAGAAGAGGAGUGAGAGUAGGUCAAUGAAAUGGAGGAAUGAAAUGAUACUGUAAUUAUUUUGAAAGAGCGGCAGCGCGGGAGCACAAAGACCCACUGCCUGCGGUGGCAUUCAACUGGAAGGGGAGUUAGAGGCAGAUGACUACCAUCAUUCUCCGCCCUGCAAAGAAAAUUACCCUCGUUCUUUUUAGAGACCCAUUUUUUAACUGGGCGAGGGAGGUUAGGGAGAGAGUGAGGUGGGGGAGAGAGGGAAGGGUGGGGGGUUGGUCAAACAGUAGCCACAGUCAGGGAGAAGAGGCCAGGAGACAUUUUGAGCUUGACGCAAGCAAAAUUCAAUUAUUUAAAGUUUUAUUGUUCUUAAGCGCCAACAUCGCAACUCCUAUAAAGUUCCCCAGCAAUGCUGAGUGAAAGUGCAGAGUCUCUAAAGGUGUUCAUAGUUUAUGAACCGGUUAGUGAUCCUCUGUAUUUCGUCAUCCCGCGAUAGGCUAUCUGGCCUACCCCCUGAGAGGAAGACAAAACGAGCCGAUAACUUAGAUUUACUGCCACAAAAGUGCAGGGAAAAGUUCCUGUUGUUGUUUAAUUUUGUGGGUGAUUCAUAUCUAAUGGCGUCCAUCAUCUCUAUUAAUGGUGGGGUUGUUUACCACAGCACUGUACGUCACGGUAUGAGAAGUGGUCUGAUCCCGUGAAAAUGGGUCCACUGUGUGGCGUUUCCACAGCUUCAAGCCAACAGAGAUGUGAUGGACAGGAGUGGUCUGUGGAUGUCUACCUGUGCCCCUGUAGCUGGACAUAGGACCUUCGACUAUAUGGCCGAAGUGUUGUAUCCAUUGAUGUUCACUGUUUAUAUUCUGCCUCUUUGCGCUUGUGCUUGUCUGGUCUAUUCUUAAGAACUGUUGCUGUGGCAGCCGACAAGGGGAAAAACAUUAUCUAUUCCUAGAAACUUCGAACGUAAAACUUUUGUGAACGCUAUGUGGACAUGAUGUUCUUUGCUCUCUCUCUCCCCCUCUCUCUCUCUCUCUCUCUCUGUGAACCGUUCUAUUAUGUUCAAAAGGCUUUUCAUUUUAUUGGUUUUUAAAGUACACUGAUGCCCACCCCCCAUGUAAACAUUCAACUGUUGAUUUUGACAGUUGUGUAUUUUUCCCAUUAUGUUUUCGUUUCCUCGAUGUUGUCGUGUUGUCGUGUUGUCGCUGUCAGCCCUGUUAGACUCCCUGCUUCUCGCUAUAUCUCCUCUCUCUCUAUAUCUCACUCUGUCUCUUUGCUCUCUCUCUCUCUCUCUCUCUCUCUCUCUCUCUCUCUCUCUCUCUCUCUCUCUCUCUCUCUCUCUCUCUCUCUCUCUCUCUCUCUUUGGUGGCUCAUAAUAAUCGAAGGAUUAGUGCUGGACUGCUUUUCAAUUGAAGAAGAAAGAAUAAGAUUUGCUGAGGUGUUUAAGCAAAGCGUUCAUUAUUUUAAAUGUCAUUAAGAGGAUGAGAAAGGUUCAAAGUAUUACAAAAUGGCAGUGGCGGGCUCACGAUGAGAUGAACUCCAAUGAAAUUGAAUUGAGGGAUAUUUUUCUGAGCGCCACUGCAUAGCUAAACACCACACACGCACUCACACGCACACACAUAAACCCACACACAUGCACAUAUACAUGUAAACGUCAUACCAGAACAAGUAUACAUAUCUCUUUAUUCCUUAUUUGUAUAAAAAAGAUCAGCAAAUAUAAAUUAAAUGAAACUUUUAAGAAGACAGUUUACUAUUGACAAAUGCGUUAUGAAGCAACUAUACUAACAGAAUAUUAGCCUAGAGGUAAAAACCGAACAAACUAUUGGUCCCGUGUUCUUUAAAGAAAAAAAUGAAAAGAAUAAAAAAAUGUUUCAUUUGUCUUUAUGAAAAAAACUGAGGUCUUAUUGUGUUCUUUUUUAUUAAUUAUUAUCAUUAUUUGAACAAUUAUGAUUGUUGUUACUGUUAUUAUUAUUGAUGUUGGUAUUAUAAUUGUAAAUGUUAUUAUAAUUGUAAAUGUUAAAUUCUACAGUUAAACUGUACACUUUCCAUGUCAUGUUUAGUUCAAUCUACUGUAGAGAAAUUGUUGUCUUUUUCACUAUUUCCCACUCUUUCCCGGCCUUUCUAUCUCCUUCUCCGUCUUUUGUGGCUAAUUGUCUUCUCUCCUCCCCUCUAUCUUUUGCUUUCCGUUAUUUUAGACUCCAUGUGUCAUUGUUGAUAUAUAGCUAACUAUUUCUUUAUAGGGGAAAGAUACAAAGCACGACAAAAUAAAAAAAACAUUCUGAAAAAUGCA